ACGUCGGUGUUACCGGACUACAGCCUGAUGAGGCGGCAGGAGCUGCAGCCAGGCACGGCGUACAAGUUCCGGGUGGCGGGCAUCAACGCCUGUGGCCGGGGGCCCUUCAGCGAAAUCUCCGCCUUCAAGACCUGUCUGCCGGGGUUCCCGGGGGCUCCGUGCGCCAUUAAAAUAAGCAAGAGCCCAGACGGCGCGCACCUGACGUGGGAGCCUCCGUCGAUGACGUCGGGCAAGAUCAUCGAGUACUCGGUGUACCUGGCCAUCCAGAGCAGUCAGUCGCUGGAGCUGAAGGCGGGCAGCCCGGCCCAGCUGGCCUUCAUGCGGGUGUACUGCGGAGCCAGCCCCUCCUGCCUGGUGCACAGCGCCAGCCUGUCCAACGCCCACAUCGACUACACCACCAAGCCCGCCAUCAUCUUCAGGAUAGCCGCCAGGAACGAGAAGGGUUACGGCCCAGCCACGCAGGUCAGGUGGCUGCAAGAGACCAACAAAGAUGGCUCGGCAGUGAAACCCGCAGUGAAGAGGCCAAUCACUUCUCCAGAGUUGAAACCCACAAACGUCCCAAAGAAAACAAAAGUGGACGGCCAGUGAUUUUUUUUUUUUGUAAGGUCUCUUGACAUUGAACAGCCCCUCCCUCUCUACCCCCCUCCCCUCCAGCCUUCUUCCCACUUGUGCAACCGAGGACAACUUCUCAUCCCGUUUUUUCCCGGCCCCCCCCCUCCCCUCGGACCGGGAGGGGGGGGGGGGCCCAUCCACAGCAUCCGAGAGGGGGAGGGACGGCUGGAAUUGAAACGCAGGAAGUGACUGCCUUCGACGGCGCGCCAUGGCUCGAUUGAUCGAUCGAUCGAUCGUCCGGGGAGGAGGGGGCCUCUCGAGACCGUCGCCACGCUUUUUUUUUUAAGGAAACGAGACAGGAAACAGACUGUACUCCGCAUCCCCUUCCUUCCCGAAGACCGUCGGCUGGAGCAGGGAAUGGCACCAGACCAUCCGGAAGGGGGGGGGGGAGAAGAAUGCGGUCGGACUAAAGACCAAGGGAUGGUUGGCCGGAUUGUUUGUUGGGGGGAAGAUACGGGGCGUCCUGGACUGGACUGGAGAGCAGAGGUCUCAUCAUCGAGCUGCAAGAGGCCGCUGAGAGCAGAGGGUUCCCGCUGGCAUAUGUGUGCGGCAUUUCAGUCCGCCUUGUUUUGUCCUCUGCUGCUCCCUGUCCUCUCUCUCUCUCUCUCUUUCCAACCCCCUCUCCCUCUCUCUCCUCUCACUCUCUCCCUUUCCCCCCCUCUCU